GUGGCGGCAGAGGGCGGCCGGCGGGGAUGUGGCGGGCGCUGCGUGGGGGGCGCCGCCUGCUGCGGCUGGGGGCUGGGGCUCGGCCCCGCUCCGCUGUCGCCGCCCGCGGACCGCGGCCGCUCCUCGGGCCGGCGGCGGGGGCCGAAGGAGGAGCAGGAGGAGGAGGAGGAGGAGGAGGAAGCGGGGUGCUGAGGGCGGUGGCGGAGCAGCGGCGGGCGGCAGAUACUGCAAAGUUCAACAUUGACUUUGUUGUAGCUCUGCUGAGGCAAGAAAAUGCAAAAGACAUCUGCGUUAUCGAAGUACCUCCAGAAAUGAAAUACUGUAACUAUUUUAUCGUUGUGAGUGGAUCUUCAACACGGCAUCUCCAUGCAAUGGCAAAUUAUAUGAUGAAAAUGUACAAGCUUCAGAAAGAAGACAGCGAUCCUCGUGCUCAGAUCGAAGGGAAGGAGACAGAUGACUGGCUGUGCAUUGAUUUUGGUAGCAUAGUGGUGCACUUCAUGCUGCCAGAGGCACGGGAGACUUACGAGCUGGAGAAGUUGUGGACUCUGGGUUCCUACGAUGACCAGUUAACGCAGAUGACUCCACAGUCACUGCCAGAAGACUUUGUUCUUGGGCUGACUUCCCAACAGCAGUGGGAAGGGUCAUCAUCUUGUGACAAGAACUGAAGGCAGCUGCUGAGGUGGCGAGUAGCAAGAGAAAUGAGUGCCUUAACAGACACGAGAGGCAGUGGGCUUCAAUGCUGACUCAACCAUCAGUGCAGUUGGUCAGCACAAAACGAUGCAUUUAUUGGAUGUGCCUGGGUAAAUUGCUGAAGGAGCUACCAGAAUGUGAGAAAGAAGGAACCGUAUCACAAGGGAGCGUCCUGGGAGAGUCACUCCCUCAGUGGAGUUUGCAAUAGAAGGCUCUUCCCUGCUCCGUUGCAGCUUACCCUGAAGCGCGGGCAUUGCCUCUGCACUGAUCAUUUUCCUAGUACCUUUGAAAGGCCUGCCCGUAGUGGCAGUGCACGUGUAGUACCUGUCCUGUGAGAAGGCCGAGUGCUGCAAGGUGAACCAUGAGAUAAACAGUGCAGUUUAGAUGAGGUUUUUAUUAAGCCAGUUGCUUCUGGUCAUGUUGAAGCAAAUCAUGUGCUGAGUUGAAGGAGGAGAGAAAACAUAAUGGCAUUACUGAGCGCAUAAAAGAGCAGCAGUGACAAAUAAAUGUGUCUUGAAUUAACAGAGCAGUAAGUCACUUCUUCAGCCAAGGCCAAUCUGUUUUUAAUAACAAUAAUAAACUGAAGAGCUUGAGCUCUGUGCCUUCACACUAAAACAUGCGGCUUGCUUUAAGUGUGCUACUGGCCCAUCUCUGGGCUUUCCUCUCACCUCGUUUCUAGAAAAGGAACCAAGGCAAUGUGCUGUGGCAGCCUAAACCUUCAGCCCCUUGGAGGUGGGGGAAUGUUCUGCAGGAAGCCCUUAGCACUCAGCAUGACUUGCUGUCGGACAGGUCAGCAGUGGUUAGAAGAGCUUCAAGUUGGUAAAAAAAACUUGUCUCUAGGUAAAAGAUAUUUUUUUCUGCUCCAGGACAGAGCUGUCAGCAGUAGAGUAGAAUCUCUUCUUGAAGCUGGCCCUGCCAUGCAUCAGGGAGGAGGAGCAGUGGCUGCUGAGGGUGGUCGCCUUUUACCCCAUAACCUACUUUAAGUGCUGACAGCAUCUUGUUCCUACAUAGCAGCUGCUGGUUGCAGUGCCCAGAGAAAGUUUUUUGUUGUUGUUGUUUUUUUGUGUGUUUAUUUUUGGGGGGGAGGGGGAGCAGCCUCAUUUCAGGCUGCUUAUGUUACCCUCCUGUGUCUAGCCUCUUUCAGGAAGAACCGCCUCUGAAUUCUUCUGCUUUCUGCUAGAAGGCAGCAGAUAGUUCUCCAAAUUAAACAAGGAACAUUUAUACAAGGAACACAAAAUAAAGGUGUUUGUGGUAAACUUGCCAGAUUUGCAAAACACUUCAUGAUACUUUGCUUACUGCAGAGUAACCCAGAGGCAAGAUAACAAUGUCUCUCUUACAGAGAGACAGGUUCUGCAUCUGGCAUGACCUCCCAGGAGAGGUGUGGACUGUUCCCUGAAACUAUUUACCUUUUCCUGCUGCUACUGAAGGUGCGCACUGCUGGAUGAGUAGAGGCAGCUGCAGCAAACACAAUGCCGUUACACGUUCCUGCUGUACCUUAUGUUUAGCAGCUGGACCUACACACAGUGUGCUGUCUCUCAGAGAAGGGUAACAACAGGGGAGUCCAGAAAAGAACAGUAAGGGAUAGGGAACAGCUGUGUGAUCAAAGGUGUUUUUGUGUGUGUCAUCCCUUUCCAACUGUAAAAAUAAAAAUGAGGAGACAACAAGCA